AUGGAUUCUACAUCUUUAUUGCCAACACUUUUAGAUACAGAUCUGACAGUUUUGCAUAUUGAAUGUCUUCCUAAGGAUAUUCUUGUGAAAUUUCAAGGCAAAAAUAGUAGUGAGUGUCAGUUUGACUAUCAAAUAUUGCAGAGGGAAAUACAGUAUAUCCACAAAGUGAAGAAUAACGUGGGCAUUGACGAGUUUUGCCUGGUGGAGGAAAGAGAGACUAGAGAAUGGCAGAGAGGAAGAGUCCUGGAAAAAAAGAAUGAAGUCUAUACAGUGCUGCUUAUUGAUCGGGGAGAUGAGCUGACAGUCGAUAGUACUCAACUAGCCUCUGCUUGCAAAAAAUUAUUUGAGCUCCCACCCAGAGUCAUAUUUGGCGUUUUUGCCAACAUACUCCCAGUUGGAGAGAAAUGGUCUCCCAAAGCUUUGAAUUAGUUCAAGCUACUGGUAGGAAUGCAGGUGAAAGGCAAUAUGAAAACUAUUUUGCCUCUUCAAAUGAUUCUUCUUGAGGCACCCAAAGUUAUAUCUGGGGUUCUUGAAUUACAAUUAGGAAAAUUUAUUGACAGGGAUACAUUUUGUCUUGUUGUGGAAAUAUUAAAGGAACUACCCCAGCCAAUGCCAGACUUACUACAACAUAAAAGUCCUGAGUUACCAUUAAGAAGCAAGAGCACUUUACUUGAUAUUCAAAGUGUUCUAGAUAAUUUCCAGUCAUCUUUACCAGUGGAAAGUUUGGACAGCAUCAAAGUGUCAUCUGCACUGAGCCCCAGUAAAUUUUAUUGUCAAUUACUUAAGCAGAUUCCAGAGCUAGAAGACCUAGCAGAGCAUAUGAAUUUGCACUACAACACACUCGGUCAAGAAGCCAGUCCCGCAUGUGACAAUUUUGGACUCCUGUGUGUUGCUAAAGGGACAAACAGGAGGUGGCAAAGAGGAAUUCUCCAGCAGGUCUUGCCAGAUAAUCAAGUGGAAGUUUGGUUCAUGGAUUAUGGUGGCAGUGAGUCUGUACCCUCCGUCCACGUGAAGAAACUGAAGCAGGAUUUUAUUUUUGCACCAUCAUUCACAUUUCCAUGCUCUCUGACAUAUUUAAGGAAACAGCAACUGACUAUAUUUAAGCAAGCCCUUUUGGGACAUGUAGUAUAUGUCUACAUUGAUUGGUUCAGUGAGGAUGAACGUCUGUAUUAUGUGACUUUACAGUCUCAAGAAUCUGCAGCUAAUUCUAAGUGUCUGCCGAGGACAUGGGACACAGAGACACGUCCCAAUCCGAGUCUGGUGGGCACUUAUGGGGCAGACAGCUUUGUGGCUGAUGUUGAGCAGUCAGUGGGUGGACUUAAUGAAAAGGAUGACUUAAAAGCAGCUUUUCCUAUUAAAACUGUAAAAAUGGAGGCCUGAUCUACAUACAUAGCAUUUGUAGGGAAUGUACUGAACCCAUCCAAUUUCUGGGUACACAUUAAUAAAUACCAGAGAAAAUUUCUAGACUUAAUGAGAACUAUAAAUAAGUUUUAUAAUGCACCUGAAAAUAAUGAAGUAACUCCGAGGCACCCUGGACCUGGAUUAUUAUGUUGUGCCAGAUAUAGCAAGGAUAGAUGUUUCUACAAAGCCAUCAUCACUGAAGUGAAUGGCUAUCAGAGUAAUGUUUACCUCCUGGACUAUGGAAGUACUGACUCUAUACCUUUUUUUUUUUAUGUAAAAAUUUUGCUUCCAGAAUUUCGUACGUUGCCUCCCUUAGCAAUGUACUGUUCACUGGCACAUGUAGCUCCAGUGACAGAUGUGUGGAUAAAGGCAGCAACAGAUUAUUUUUUAAAAAUCAGUUUGAACAAAGCAAUUUUGCUUCAAGUUAUAGCAGAAAGAGACAACAAGUACACGGUGGAUAUUCAGAAUGUUGAAGCUCCUGGGAAUACUGAUGCGCUCUCUCUGAUGCUACAAGCCGGGUAUGCAGAACCUGCAGAGGUAGCAUCAGCUUUCUACACAUCUGUAAGGGACCGUGUAGUGUUAAAGCUAAAUACACUUCAUGAGAAAAGUGUUGUGACCUCUGUCCCUGUCAAAAGACCUGAGCCUGAGAGGUAUCCUUCCAAGAAGCUGAAAGAAAACACCUCAUCUUUGGGCAGGCUCCUGGAUUUAAAAGUUUCCUCCAACUUAGUUUUUGAACCCAACUCAUCACAGUCUUAUAAGGAGUAUGUGUUCAAACCAGGAAAGUUUCUUAAAGUCACCUGCUCCUACUGUCAUGGCCCCGGGGACUAUGCUCAGCUUCAGUGUAAGUUAGAAGAUUUAAAGCUACUGAUGGAACAAAUUCAAGAUUAUUAUAGCACGCACCCAGAGCCAUAUCAGACUGGGAAGGGAGCUUGUGUUGCUAAGCAUUCCAGAGAUGGGAAGUGGUACAGGGCUGCCAUCUUGACUCGAGCAUCAGAAUGAGAGGUUGAACUAAUAUUUGUUGACUAUGGCAAUCAAGAGUGAGUGUUCAUUAAAGACCUUUGUGCUGUCAACCCACAUUUUCUCGCUUUAGAAGCCCAGGCUUUCAGACGCUGUCUCAACUAUUUAGUUGAGCCCAUUACCUGUAAACUAUUAGACUGGACAGCAGAAGCGUCCAGAGACUUUGUAAAUGUCAUUUCUUCAUGUGGAGGCUUGCUUACCUGUAUUGUGUAUGCCUUAGUUCUUAUACACUCUAGAUGCUUAUGUAACUUAGUAGAUUUACAAUCACCAUUUACCAGUGCAAAUGAAUGUCUCCUUUGCCGUGGCUCCACCCACCACAGCGUAUUAUCAAGGCCAAUCCCAUUUUCAAUUAGUCUUUAUAGUUACUAUUACUCUUCCUUUGAUGUAAAGAUUGGAAGUGAAUAUAUAUAUAUAUAUAUAUAUAUAUAUUAUAUAUAUAUAUAUCAUGUGUAUAGUCCCAAAAGGUUCUACUGCCAGCUUUGUAGAAACAGCAAAGAUUUAGAGAUGCUGCAGACAAGAAUCACAGAGAUGAUUAACCUAAAAAUGUAUUCAAAAUAUGGCUAGAACAGAAUGAGAUUGUGCAUCUCUAAGUACUUAGAGGAUGGGCUCUCAUAUAAAGCCUUGGUGUAGCCAACAGUGUCGUCAUCUGGCACUUGCGUUUAUUUUGUGGACUAUGGGAAUGAGCAAUUGGUUGAAGACAAUAUGCUGUGUGUCAUUUCUGACCAGUUUCCGGAGGUGUUGUUUAUGCCUAUGCAAGCGAUUUAGUGUUUUCUGUCAGACCUUAGAGACACCCAUAUUCCAGGAGAAAUCAAUAGAUGGUUUGAAGACAAUUUCUUAGGGAAACUAUUAAAGGCUCUAAUACUGUCUAGGGAAUCAGAUGGGCAGCUUGGUAUAGACUUAUGUGAUGGGUAUCAACAGAUAAAUCAGACAAUAAAAUUGCUACUUAAUGUUUAUGGAGAAAAACAUUCUAAACAAGCCUGGUGUGUGGGAAAGAAUCAGAGGUUAAAUCAGGUAUUUGCUGCUGCUUUAAAAGAAAACACAAAAAGCAACCGUUGCAACAAUGUAAUAAAUAAAACUAGCCUAGCAACACAUUCUGCAAACAAAACAGAUCGAUUGAUGCAUCCCAGCAUAUACAGCAGGAGUUUGAAAUUAUCAAUUUAUUGUAAAGUUGAACCCAUGCCAGAAAGCAAAGUGGAGAAGUUCUCGAAGGAUAGAAUUAAAAAUAUAAAAUUUGCCCCUGGGUCUGCACACACUCCUGAAGACAGUGACAUGGGCCUCAACUCAGGAGAGAGGGUAUCAAAAUUAUUUACCAAAGAUUUAAACCAAUCAGCUUCUCAAAGCCUUCAAAUCCUUAUUAGACCUCUGAUCACAAAAAUUUCUCAACCCCACGUUGACUUGAGUACCCAGCUUAAGGGGUCUGUACCCGCUAUCCGUCAUCAAGCCAAUUUUCAUAUGGUGUGUACUAGGACUGGAAACAAAGCAAUGGGACUCGCCGGUGUUCUAAAUGAAAAGACAGAUAGCCAGAAAAACUGGAAUGGUCUGAGCCCUCUGGUGAGAGAUCAGGUAGAAUAUGCUCAUGACCAUGUCAUGUCUAGAGAUGUUACUAAGGAUGUGUUGCCUGAAGAAGGGUCCUUUGAAGUGGAAGUUUUUGCCAAUACUGCUAUAGUAAAUGAAUCUAAAGUUUAUUCUAUUAACAGGGAACUCUUAACUAUCCCCCAGCUGGCAAUUGGUUCUUUUCGUCAUAGGAUAAGAUGGGAUGGGCCCAUCGAAAUAUGUAAAAGCAAAAUUGCAGAUUAUUUUACCUCAGGAGUAAAUAAUGGAACAGUUUUUUGUGAACUUUGGAAGACACAUGAUUAAAAGUGGGAAGUAAAUAUAACUUGUGGUGAUAAAUGUAUCACCAAGGAAUUGCUGAGGUGGUCACCAUGUCCUAAAGGACAGAAGAUGCCUCGGGUCAUCACUCAUAAAGUUAGUACCUUUGAAGCCAACAAGGAGAAGACAGGAAGAGUAGAUAUGUGUGGAGGGGGUUCCAUGGUCUUCCACCCAUUCUCCCAAUCGCUAGGUGAAGUUCCUUUUGAACUGUUGAGACACGGGCAGCUUGAAAAAAAUGAAAUGAUUUACAUUUUGGAGGCUGGGGGAUUUCAUGUGACAUUAAAAAAAAAUCAGAAAACAUCAGAUUUAACAUUAUUAAUUACUACAGAAGAUAAAAAUUCCUCUUUGUUAUCAAUGGAUGAUAUUGAAAGGGAGUUAAAAGUCUUAGUGGCAUCUAAAAGAAAUUUAAUGUGGUACCAGCCCAAACCAGUGGCGCAGUGGAUGGACGAGAAUGGACUUGCUUUUUUAGAUCACGGACAGCGUGCAGUAGUGCCCAUAACUCAUGCCAAAGUACCUAGUGGUGAGCUCAUGAGUAGUCCAAGACAAGGAGUACAAAGUACAAGGAUUUGGUUGACAAAUUCUACCCUUGAGUUCAUUGUGUGUUUAUUUGCUUUCUUUUUGGAAAUGAUCGUCCUUUCUCUGAAGUAUUUAGACUAUAUUUGGGAAGUAGACUUUUUGGUAGAUGGCAUGUUGCUUUGGGGGUAUUUAAAUGUAACUACAUCUCAGGUGGAAGAAUGGAGAAAACAGCCAUUUUCAGCUACUGUUUUUGGUCUGGAGCCCCAGACAAUUUUGUCACCAUGUGCAAUCCAGCCAUUUCUUUGGGCACCACUCCAAAAUGGUAAACGAUAUUCCAGCAUUGCCACUGCUAUUCAUGACCCCUCAGACUUCUGUGUGCAGUUAGAGGAUUUCUUUGAUAUAAUGAAGUACCUCUUUACCUUGCUUUCAGACAUACCAGAGCCUUUGCAAGCAUUGCCUCCAGCGCACAUGAUUCCUGGUUCUAGCUGCUUGUUCAAAAGUGAGCUGGAAGAUCAGUGGAGCAGAGCAGAAAUCUCCCAAGUUUCGGAUCAAGCUCUACAGCUCCUUUUGAUUGACUAUGGACAUUUUGUUUGUGUACUUUAUUCAGAAGCAAUGAAUCUUAAAUCUGUACCUCAGAAAAUUAUGAACUUGCCAAUGCCGAACUAUCCAUGUAGCCUCUAUGGUGUCUUCCCUGCUACAGGGAAACUGUGGAAUAAGGAAGUCAGGCAGCUUUUUCAAGAUUUCCUAAGCAAACCAGGAUUAGUUUUUCAGUUUAGGAAGUAUGGUUCUGGAACAGUAUCAGAAGUGGAUGUCAUUCAUGAGAAUGACAGUGUAGCCGAUAUGCUGGUGGCUUCUGGUCUUGCCGUACAUCCUAAGGAUUCAGCUCAUCCUGACAGAAUUACUGCUACUGGAUGUACAAAAGACCAGCAUAAACCACAGAACCAAACCAUCUGUUCACUGUUGGACAAAUAUUGUUACAAAAAAGACAAUGUUAUUUACAACACUAACAAAAAAAAAGCCACAGAGGAAGAAACCUAUGAAGAGGAGAAAGGUCGCUAG